AUGGCACCAGGUCUAAGACAAUUCACCGAGAGAAGAGGAGACGUUGCUGGAGAACCAGUUCUUGACACCGAAAAUGGCGAGGAGCUUAGGCAUGUGCAAGCUGGAGUCUCCAUUGCCAUCGGCAACCGGUCCCCUGAAUCUCCAGGCACUCUCUACAUCUCCACAAAGAAAGUUGUGUGGUUAAGUGAUGUAGACAGGACAAAAGGUUAUGCAGUUGAUUUCUUGUCUAUUUCACUUCAUGCUGUUUCAAGAGAUCCCGAGGCUUACUCUUCUCCUUGUAUCUAUACUCAAAUUGAGACUGGAGAGGAUGAAGAGGAGUCAGAAGGCUCGGAUUCAGAAUGUAGUGAUGCUUUAGACUUGUCAAAAGUCACGGAAAUGAGGCUUGUUCCUUCAGACCCAAGCCAAUUGGAUUCUUUGUUUCGGAUAUUCUGUGAGUGCGCUGAGCUAAAUCCUGAACCAAUUGAAGAUGCUGAAGAAGAACACAAUUGGAUCUUUAGUGCUGAUCAAUUGACAGAUGAAACUGCUGAAGGGGAUUCUGAAUGGAAUUUCUCUCAAAAUCCAACAAGUUCAAUUGGUCAUUCCAAUGGGGAUCAUGACCUAGCUCGUACAGUGCUUCAGCUCCAAAUCAAUGAUCAUCGGUUUGAAGAUGCAGAGGAGAUGGAAGAUGAACGUGACAGUGAUGGUGGCCAUCAGGCAAAGGUUAGAGUUUAUUGCAGUCCAGCAGUGGCAUGGUGGAUCGCUUGUUCUGGGGCUCAAGUUUCUAUGGCAGUGGUCAAUGUGGUUGCGAACGAAAUUCAUAAGCAGCCUUAUGGUUGCAGUUUAAAUGAAUCUACGCUUCCAAGUGGGUUGUGGCUCAACUACGAUGAUUAG